AUGGCAGACGCUCAGGCCCCUACAUCAGAUGUGCCCGCAGCAGAGCAAGAGCUAUGUCAAAGCGAGCCUCUGGAAUCCGGGGAAAAAGAGCUUCACAGAGCCGUAGCGUGGCUCUCUUUACUGGUUGAUGCAACGCUGGCGCCCCUGAGUGGUGAAAGCACAACCUGCAGCUGCGCCGGUGACACGUGCUGCUGUCUGGAGGAGAGUGUGGCAGACCUCAACCGGUACUCCACGUACCUGCAAAUGCAUGUCUUCAUUAAACAAGCAGACGACAUCCAGAAAAACCUCUUUGAAGUUGUUUCAGAUAGAAAGAAUAAUGCUGCGUCUGUGGCCAGUUUUCUGUUCACCUGUCAGCCUUACUUUAACCAUCUUGAAUCAACAGCCCGUAAUUCUUUGAAUGUGAACGACCCUCUCUCAGAGUCAGUGCGUUUUCAGCUGUUAACGUUUUCUCAGAUUCUCUGUCAUAAACUGGAGAAUUUACUUUUGACCUGUGCCAGCAACGAACUUCUGUCUUUGGAUGAAACUGAGCCUCACGGCAUCUCCCAUUUCCACAUUGGCCAGUUUGGGUACGGCCCAUUGAGGGUGACCAUUUUUCGGUACUGUCAGCUCACUCCAUAUUUGGCCCAGGUUGACACGGGACUGCACAAACGAAUGAGGUGGAAUGUGGACCAGCUUGGAGAAGUGAAAACAGACACUGAACAUUAUUUCCUAUGUUGUGAAAAUGUUGACACACUAUCUGGCGGUGUUGUGAGAAUGUGGUCUAUUGGUCAGUGGAUCCAAGUCAGCCCUGAGACUGAUGACAUAGAUGACUGGAUCCUCUGUAGGAUUCCUCAGGGCACAUACUUAAAGCGUGUCAUUUUGGGCAGUGAGGAGCCAUCCUGUCGCGAUGCUACUGAUUGUCUACUACAGCUGCUGAUGGACUGGAAAUGAUGCCGAAUCUGUUCUUCUGAAAAAAUGUUCUAAUUACAGUUGUUCCAAAUGUAAAUGGAUAAAAGAGGGAGCCUAGUUGUAAAAGCCUAGGUGCUUUGACAAGCCUUUUAUGAGAGUUUUAAGAGAGUUUGAAAUUUUCUGUUAUGUUAACGUUUUGAAGACCUUGUAUUUUCUACACUUAGUUUUGUUCAACUUUGUGAAUUUUACUAUUUUUACACAAAGAAGCCAAAAGCAGUUUAAAAAAAAACAUUUUAUUUACAUUUAAGAUUUCAUUGAAAUUACACAGAAAAUACACAUAACUGGAAAUAAGCUGCCGUAUUUUGGGUAAAAGUACCCUGCUCAUUUUGAACAGUCAACAAUCAAUUAAGACACAAGCAGGCUUUACCUCAUUUUCAAAACAAACAGAACAAAGAAAGAAAGUAUUCAUAAAGGAAAUCUGAACAAAUUAACAAUGUCUGUAAGCAUCAAUAACUCAAGUUCAGUAGACAUGACAUAAAAAUGCUGUUUACUUACAUUUAAAGCAAAUGCAUUCUCCUUCAUUCCUAAAUUUCAAUACAUGUUCUAUUAAAAUCAACUCUUCAGGUAAUAUGAAAAGUAGAAAUAAAGAUACAUUUUCCAUCAGUACAGUGAGCAGUCACUUAACAAUACAUAGAUUUGCACAAACAGUACUUGAGGGAAGCUCAUCAGCAACCACUGUGGCUUGAGGUAUGACAAUGCAAAGAUAAUAUUUAUUAUAAAUCUUCCUUCUGGGCCAUAAAGCACUGAAACGUUUGAGAAACAGGUGAACAAAGUGAGGAAGACUAAAUGAACAUUGCUGUGCAAAGAGCUGUGAACAGCCCAAAGGUUAGCUAAUCUGAGGCCAAUGAAUACUGCACCCCUCCAAAUGUAA